AUGUUCAACACCUCUGCAACCCUCCUACAGUCGAAAAAGCACAACCCCAAACACCCCACCUCAACCGUUGUUCUUGCAGCUGCUCUGAUUCCCUUCCGAAUCGUUGCUAUCGAUGACGAGAAAGAAACCACGAUGAGACUCGUCGGGGAGCAGCCUCGCCACCUCCUUCAGUUAUUCAUCGCAUCUUCCCCCUUUUGCACAUUUCCUUACCGAAGUUGUUGUCGUAGCUUACAUCUUCCUUCUUCCCAUGUGUGUUUUGAUGCCGGAUCGAGAAAAGGAACAACGAAGGAGGGCUCGUCGGAGAUCGAUGCCACCCUUCCUCACGAUCACCAGCCAUUGUCGGAGACUCCAAUCGUCCGCCUCACUCGUUUAUUCCCUUACUCGAUCUGA